AUGGUGGCACCGACCUCACCAACUGACCUCAACUACGGUGAAUAUGCAGCUCGUUUAGUGCAUCGUAUGCGACAGUUACAUAUUCAACCACCCCGUCAGUUACGGCGACGCUUAAACAAAGCUUACGUAAUGGAGCGCAACGGCAUACGUGAGACCGUUAGUAUUGACCGGCUCAAACCUUCGCACUUGGAGGAAACCGUUCCUUCCAUCAAUGGUCCCUCAUCCGUUGCGUCACCCGCAACUCCCGUCCCAAAAGGUCCUGCUCCCUCCAACCCAAUAAACCUCGUGAAACCAUUGGAGCAGGCACCUGAUCCUGACCCACCCCAUCAGACUACUAGUCGCGGGAAAGUCCUUAAGCUACAUGUACGCUUUGCCUUGUAG